AUGUCCAUAAAGGUACUCAUAUCAGGAGUUCCAGGAGGUAAACUAUCCGUUCUUUUGAAGAGCUUCUCAAAUCCCUCCAACGUAGACCUAAACGGGCAAUGUUGUGACGCAACAUGCAGGAGCUGUGAUUACUAUUUAAAGAUUUGUCUGAAGCAAACUUCUGGAGGAUCUUGUGUUGCUUAUGCAACUACAAAAACCUACGAUAACACGAAGUAUAUUGUCUUCAAAGUAAACGAGGCGUUUUCAAGUGGUGGAAGGAAUCCUGUAGUAUGGGCGUUUUCCUCAUGGAAGGUAAUUUGACGUAUUACCCUAAACUCUCUAAUAAACCCAUAGGGAACUAAUUUUUACCAGUCAUUAUUAAGAGGGGGCUAACUGCAGAAGGGGGGGGGGGGAUAAUUUAAAACUGAAAAGGCAACCGGCCUUGGUAAUUUAUUUUAUUUCAUAAAUAUUCAAAUGGCGGCAUCACUGAAACACUUGGUGAAGGACAAUAUCAUCAUUGUACAGGGCACCGUAUUUGUUACACCAGACCCUUGACAAUCAUUACUAAAUACAACUUUUUGUUAAAGAAUUGUGUCCUUUUCCAGAGACUGCUUUGCGCAAUUAAAACUGGGCCGCAGUUAGUGGGGAGUUGCUUAUUAAAGUGCCCGGGUUUAAUAACCUUUAGUGUGGGCUUGAAAAAGAGGAAAGCAAACUAGAAAGACCACGGUCAUCUUUGACUUUCAUGUUUAAUUUGAUUGAUCAAAUCGUUUUUAGUGUCAGUUCAUACGUUGUGUUUCUACCGUGUCUGACUCAAUUUUUAAAUAAAGGUCGACAAAAACACGGCAAAAGCACGACUUUUGAAUCAAAGUUUUGAACUUGGUUCGGCAGAGCAAUUCGACAAGUCUGCCUCGCUACAUGACUCUGGUACUCGGCUUAUUCCGUGUCGAACUAAAUUCAUAAAUUUCGGAAAUAAGUUUUUAAAAAUGUAUAUUUUUGUUUCAUUUACUGCUGACUUGAUAUUUCGUUCAUAUACUUAAGUUCGACAGAAGCACGACGUGACGUCUCAAUUGAAGUCGCGCUUCUGUUAUACGUCUGUUGAACCCUUUAUAACUGAGUUCAGCACGGUGGAAGCACGACGUAUGAAUGGGCUUUGAAUUCGAUUCUUAAGAUCUCAUGACUUUCUUGCCUUAACAAGUGCUUAAUCAUUUCACACUCAGAGAAAUGAUCUAUUUUUCAGGGCUCAUUUGUAGUGAGAGUCGAGGCUAUGGACGAUGACCAUUUUUCAGAUGAUCUCGUGGAUAGGUAUGAACGCAGGAUAGCUGUUAUUCCCUCAUCCUGGGCGUCACCAGUAAAGUGGCAACAAGUAAUUCUGGGAGGCAACCCCUCCACGACAGUGCUGCAAUACUCUGUACAAUGUAAUCAAGACUAUUAUGGGCCCAGCUGUACCACACACUGUGUAGAACGUAACGACGAUACUGCGGGUCACUAUACUUGCAAUAAAACUACUGGUCACAUUAUUUGUCGAGUUGGUUGGCAUGGGUCGAGCUGUAAGGUAUACUGCACACCCCAUGAUGAUUCUAUACACGGGCACUACACGUGUGAGCCUGGUACAGGAAGAAAGGCCUGUCUGCAUGGCUGGUAUGGCUCUAGUUGUAAAGUGCAUUGUUUGCCUAGAAAUGACUCUGUGGCGGGUUACACUUGCAAUUCGCAAGGACAAAAGGUUUGUUUGCAAAAUUGGUUCGGAAAAAAUCACUGCAAUUUGUAUUGUAAGCCAACCAAUGAUUCAUCCUCAGGUUAUACGUGUGACUCAACUGGGAAAAGGUUGUGUUUGAAAGGUUGGUUUGGUCCAUCAUGCGAUUGUAAUCCCAAAAAUGAUUCGUCUAUGGGUUAUACGUGUAACACUACCACUGGAAAAAGAGAAUGCCUGGUGGGAUGGUUUAGAAGGAACUGUGACGUUUUCUGUUUGCCAAGAAACGAUUCGAUGGGCCAUUUUACUUGUCAUAUUGACACAGGAGCAAAAGAGUGUUUACCAGACUGGUUUGGUGAAAACUGUAAUGUGCAUUGUAAAUCUCGCAAUGAUUCACUUGGCCAACACGAGUGCACAGUUAAUGGAAGCGUUAUAUGUUCUCGCAAUUGGUACGGUCGGAACUGUACCGUGUAUUGCGUUGCGAAGAAUGAUAUUGAAGGUCAUUAUAGUUGUCAUCCACAAACAGGACAAAGGAUUUGUCACCAAAACUGGUAUGGAGAAAAUUGCAGCGCAAACUGUGUUCCUCAAGAUAACGACUGGCUUGGUCAUUACAACUGCAAUAAGACCGACGGCAGUAAACAGUGUCAUAGCAACUGGCAUGGACCGCGCUGCACUCUCUUCUGCGCACCUCGCAAUAAUUCUGGCGGACAUUACUUGUGCGAAAAGACUAAUGGUAGCAAAGUUUGUUUGGAGAACUGGUUUGGAACUGAGUGCAAGAGGUAUUGCAAAGCAAUGAAUAACUCACAAGGACACUACUAUUGCAGUGCUGAAGAUGGGACCAGGAUAUGUCACAAACACUGGUAUGGGCCAAACUGUACGGUGUAUUGCGCACCAAGAAAUGACUCCAAGGGACAUUAUCUGUGUGAUCAUAGCGAUGGCAGUAAGAUGUGCCACACCAACUGGUACGGUCCGCACUGUUCUACCCACUGUGCUCCAAGGAAUGACUCCAAGGGGCAUUAUGAUUGCGGGCCAAUAGACGGAUCUAAGAUUUGUCAUCAAGACUGGUAUGGUGCUAACUGCUCCGUAAGGUGUGUCUCUAAAGAUGAUGCCACUGGCCACUAUACCUGUGAUGUCUCUGAUGGAAGCAAGUUGUGCUACAAAUAUUGGUUUGGCCCUAACUGCACGAUAUUCUGCAGACCACAAGACAGCUAUCAAGGACACUACACCUGCCAUACGGAAACAGGUCACAAGGUGUGCAUUGAAGGGUGGGAAGGAGAGGAGUGUCUUCACAGUAAGUUUAUGACAAAUCAUUUGCAUUAUGACGUCAUAUUACUUUUGUUAGCUGUACGCAUAAGUAAGACUCGCAGGAAAUCCCUUCCGCAAGCAUAACAAGCAAAACGAAAGACAACUGGCCCAGCCUUUCCUGAUUCCCCUUAAUCAAUUUAUAGUGUUCAUGGCUGCAAUUUCAUUUGUGACGUGGGAAUCAAACUGACUGUGGUAAAGAAAACGCACUUCAUUUGAGUGUCAAUGUAUCUUGCACAAAAGCACUGAUUGACGACUCUGUUUUGCUUCUCCUCAUAUCGACUGAACUAGGUCUUGCGCUCUAUCGACUGAAGGAGUCCAGUGUCAGGACGGAUUACUGAAAAUAAUGACUUAUGUAUGGAAUGGCAGGAAAGGAGGUGCUUUUUAGCCAGCCUUAUUAAAAAGGGCCAUAUUAAUUGCUUUAAAAAUAUUUACCAAUCGUAAUAAGGAUGGUAAAAAAAUACACUUUUAACCAAGAAUCGACAAAACAAAACGAAAACCCCCAUAAAAGCCGUUUAGCCGAAACCGAUUGUGGCCAUUGCACACAUUUUACGCCUCCUCCUGAUGAAUGGUUACGAAAGUUACAAAUUUGCAAGACUAGAUAUGAGUUGUUUAUAGUCUCUCUUUUCAACCAAUAUGAAUUCCUCCAGAUUGAUUUUGAAAUGUUCAUUUUGUUAUUCUUUCAGGAGUUACUACUGGUCCACCUCAAACAGCGUCUCCUCCCACUACAGCUCCCAGGUUAGAAAGCACAGAGAUCCGCUUUACAUCCAAGCUACCCUCUGAUAGCGGAAUACUUCCCAUAGAGAAACAAAGCAAAAGUAAAGCUCGGAGAACGUGGAUGACAAAAACACGAAUCGGUUUGAUCAGUGGCGGCUUUGCUCUUCUUUUAUGCCUCAUCACUAUAGCUGUGAUUGUUCUUUUGAGGUAAGCAUACACUGUUAAAAUAUCAAAAAACUUUCGCUUUUAAUAAAAGCUGUGUAAAGUAAUUUGCGAACGUCUAUUGAAAUAAAAUGUGCUCUGUAUGAUUGGCGUAAAAGGCGCGCCUGUGAAACGGACACAACAACAUAGGAGUAAACUGUUGAGUGUGAAGACGCGGGGAGUCAUCAAAAUGUUGUCGGUAUUAUUUUAUCUUUCGUAGGACGCCUGCUGUGAUUGGCCAUUUCAGGGGACCGUUCGGUUUCACUGUGCGGCACGCUUUAUUCAAGGUUUUGGUCAUAAUGAAGUAUUGAGUCGAUUAUGGUUCUCACGUUAGUCAUGAUAUCCUUUAGCUGUAGAUCACGACACCGUAAGCAGCCAUUUCAGUAUAAACGGCAACACAAUGAGAAAGGAAAUGACUUGGGAAGUUCACUGGACAGACGCCCUAGUGGUAGAGUGAAUCCGUCCACCGACGUACUUUCUCAGUAUGAGAUGAACGACAUGUUCUUUAAAGUCCAAGAGGUUUCUUGGUAAGUUGACAACAACCUUAGGUAAAGUUGUAGCCUGAGAAAACAGCCGACAUUUGGCGACACUACCACUGGUUUCUCCGCCAAAUGACGUCUGAGAAACAAGGGCAGAAAUUCCACACUGAUGACGCGUCAUUACCCAGAUCUGGGUAGUGCUUCUGAUUGGACGUGCCGCGUGGGAAAUUUGAUUCAACCAAUCAGACGCAGUAUGGAAUUUCUGCGCUCGUUUCUCACUGAGAACAGACGUCAUUUGGCGGGGAAACCAGUUUUAGCGUCGCCAAAUGUCGGCUGUUUUGUGAGGCUAAUAAAGUUCCGAAAGUCAUGAUUUCGAGAGUAAAGAUACAUCUUCCGUUUGCUUUUUUGGUACUUUGUAAUUGGCUUGGGAAACAUGAAAGAAAAUAUUAUGCUUUAUCUUUUUCGUUUUAUUUAGGGGCGAGGACGGCUCAAGGCAAGUAGAGGACCACCUAGUCAUGUACAACAACCCCCUGUUUACCAAAAGAGAUAAAAUCAAGAGCUCUGUGAGCACAAGGCAACUGGCUCUGGAUAGUGAAUGGAAUGUGGUGUUUGAUUUAUAA